GUCCAAUAGAACAGUGCAAUGGUAUUGGUCAGCAUGAUGGGCAGUGGGCUGAGCCCACCAGCAAGCUACCCUUUGUCAGGCUUUCGUAGGCCUCAGAGAAAAGCGGGUGCUGAAGGAGAGUCAUGAGUUUAGUGGAACUUUGCAGGGAACCCCACAGGUGAGAGGCAGCCAGGCAGAAAAUACUGGGGUGCUUGUUUAAAAUGUAACCAGUGGGUGCUAGUGCUUGGUCAGCUGCAGGAGUCGGCCUUGGAUUGUGAGUGAGAGCAAAAUUGCUUGUCUUCGCUUUCUAGGCCCUGCACAGAUGGUUUGGUGCGCUAGAGAAAGGGAAGCCAGUGGAGGGGUUCAGAGAGGGGUGACGUGGUCAGUGUGCCCCAGACUAGGACAGAGAUCUUUGCAGCAGAAUUCUGAAUGGACCUGAGUGGGACAAGGUUGCCUUUGUGAACGCCAGAGGGCAGGAUGUUGCAGUAAGUGAGAUGUGACCCUGGCGGAAGGUUUUAGUUGGGUGGAUGGACAGAUUAGGCUGGAUCCAAGAGCUGUUAUGCAGAAAGAAUUGGCAAGAUUUAGACACCACCUGCAAGUGAGGGCCUAGAACGAGGUCUGAGUGGAAGACGUUACUCAGGUGAUGGGCCUGAGUGACAGCUGGAUGGGGGAGGAGUCCUCAGCGAUCGAGGUAGGAAGUAGCAGGCAGGUGACAUGGGGAAGAUUAAGAACCUCUGUCUUAGCUGUGUUGCACUUUAGCUGAUGGCUCGGCAUCUGCGAGGAGACGUCAGCAAGACAGGACGAGGUUGUAGUUUGGCAGCAGGAGACGGGCGUGGAGUAGAAGUAGAUAAGGUGUGCGGGGAGAAGAGCAGGGGACCAAGGACAGAGCCCUGUGGAACCCCCAUGGAAAGAGAAGAGGAUCCUCCAAAGGAGGCGCUGAAGGAGCAACUGGAGCAGUAGGAGAACUAGGAGAGAACAGAGUCAUGGAAACCAAGGCAAGACAAGGCUGCAAGUGGAGGAGCAUGGUCAGCGUGGACUCCCUGGUGGGGAAGAUCUCCAUCCCAGCUUACUCGCUGAGUGACGACGACUACUCCAGCUGCCGGCAGCUGAGCGUGGAGAGUGACCCCGAGGAGGGGCGGGAGCCUGGCCCCACAACCCCGCCUUGUCCUCAGUGUGGCCUGCAGCUGGCCGUGCGCGUGGGGCCGAGCUGCCCGCAGUGUGCGGGGGCCGAGGAGGGCCGGGGCCAGCGUGUGCUCUACUCCUGCCAACUCUGCCCCUUCGCCUCCCACUACUCCAGCCACCUCAAGCGCCACAUGAAGACCCACAACGGCGAGAAGCCUUUCAAGUGCCCGCACUGCGACUAUGCCUCGGCUCAGCUGGUGAACCUGACGCGGCACAAACGCACACACACGGGGGAGAGGCCCUACCGCUGCCAGGCCUGCAGCUUCGCCUGCAGCAGCCUGGGCAACCUGCGGCGCCACGAGCGCAUCCACAGCCAGGACAAGCCCUUCCAGUGCAGCGCCUGUGCCUACCGCUGCAACCAGCGCCGUAACCUGCAGCGCCACACGCGGAGCCAUCAGCAGGCGGAGGAGGGGCCCUGCUGCCGGGACAAGGCCCAAGGGCCGCUGCUGCCGGAGCUGAACCUGCAGGUGAGUGGUGCCAGCAGCCCCCGCCUGCAGGGCGAGGAGGCAGACGCCUUGCCGGAGCUGCUCUUCCCCUUCACCUGCCGCAUGUGUGGGUUGGUGCUGGACGACGGUUUAGCGCAGGACGAGAGCCUGGUGGAGCAGAUCUGCAGCCGCUGCAGCCUGGCCAUGCUGAGCGCUGAGCCGGAUGAGAGCCCCCCCGAGAGCGGCACCAAGGGCUUCUCCUGCAGCCUGUGCCCCUUCGCCACACACUACCCCAACCACCUGGCCCGCCACAUGAAGACGCACAGCGGCGAGAAGCCCUUCGCCUGCCCCCUCUGUCCCUACGCCUCCGCCCACCUGGACAACCUCAAGCGACACCAGCGUGUGCACACAGGCGAGCGGCCCUACAAGUGCCAGCUCUGCGACUACGCCUGUGGCAACCUGGCCAACCUCAAGCGUCACGGCCGCAUCCACUCCGGCGACAAGCCCUUCCGCUGCAGCCUGUGCAGCUACCGCUGCAACCAGAGCAUGAACCUCAAACGCCACAUGCUGCGCCACACGGGCGAGAAGCCCUUCCGCUGCCACCUCUGCCCCUACACCACCGGCCACUGGGACAACUACAAGCGCCACCAGAAGAUCCACGGCCCUGCUGCUGAGGGCUGGGCCAGCCCCCCGAGUGCCAAGCCCCGGCUGGCCCUGCCGCCCCCAGCUGCCUCCCUGCACUAGGACCUGGGCCUGGCCCACCGCAGGCGCAUGGCCGGGGGCUGAAAUACUGCUGCUGGCUGGGGGCAGGGCCUUGCUGGGCCUGUCCUUGGGGGCAGGGGAAGGAGCGAGUGCCUAUGCAGCGGCGGGGGGGCAGGGGCCAGCAGUGCUGCAGG